AUGACUCCGAAUCUCGAGUAUUUAGAUCUUGAAAUAUGUUCUGAUCUAGAAGAACUUCACAUGGGCGAUGAAUGUCAGAAGCUCACAUUCCUUAACAUUAGGCAUUCAAAGUUCAGGAACCUUGACCUUAGUCUGACUCCAAAUCUCGAGACGUUAGAUCUUAAUCAUUGUUCCAAUCUUGUAGAACUUCACAUGCUUGCUGGAUAUAUAAAGCUCAAAACCGUUGACCUCAGUUGGUCAGGGUUGAUGACCCUUGACCUUGGGUCAGCUCUCAAUCUAUGGCUGUUAGAUCUUACAAGAUGUUCGUCUUUGGUAGAACUUCACAUGCCUGAUAGAUCACCAAAUCUGAGAUCCAUCAAACUUGGAUAUUCGAAGUUGAGGACCCUUGACAUUGGGCUGACUCCGAAUCUCGAGUAUUUAGAUCUUGAAAUGUGUUCUGAUCUAGAAGAACUUCACAUGGGCGAUGAAUGUCAGAAGCUCACAUUCCUUAACAUCAGGUGUUCAAAGAUCAGUAAGCUUGACCUGAGGCUGACUCCAAAUCUCGAGAAGUUAGAUCUUAAAAAUUGUUCCAAUCUUGUAGAACUUCACAUGGACAAUGAAUCGCUAAAAAAGCUUGUCUACUUGGACUUAAGCGGUUGUUUGAGGUUUAUCUCAUUUAAGUUUGACAUACAGAGUAAAGCUUCUUGUAGUGAGGUUGGUCCUUUAGCUGAGUUACAUCUGACUGCAGAGUCCCUAGAUGCAUGCCCAUUACACCCCGAUAGUAAUUUCCCAAAGUUUCAGUUUAAAUGUUUUUAUAAAGAAGAUCGACCCUUAUUGACUAGAAACCUUGAGAAGCUUAUUUCUUUUGGUCUGUGUGCUUGCACAGACCUUGAUAUGUUUUCAAGAAGCAUUUGUGGGUUAGAACGUUUAAGAGAGCUUAAACUCCAAGGCAGUAUUCCAGAGGUCCCCAAGGACCUUGAUCAGCUACAAUGUCUAGAGACGCUACAUAUUUCUUGUACAAAUAAUAUUAGACAUCUUCCCGAUAACAUUUGUAUGUUGAAACAUCUUAAAUCUCUCGAAGUUGAGUCAUGUUCAUCGUUUGAGAAAUUACCUGAGGAUCUUGGCCGAUUAGAAUGUUUAAAGAAGCUAACUUUGUCUUGUGAAAAGAUCAAAGAUCUUCCUGAUAGCAUUUGUAUGCUGAAACAUCUGGAAACCCUCGAACUUUCUUGUCAGUUUCUUGAGAAAUUACCUGAGGAUCUUGAUCGGUUAGAAUGUCUGGAGAAGCUAACUUUGUCAUCUGAAAAGAUUGAAGAUAUUCCUGAAUGCAUCUAUAUGUUGAAACAUCUGCAAUCCCUCGAACUUUCUUGUCAGUUUCUUGAGAAAUUACCCGAGGAUCUUGGCCAAUUAGAAUGUUUAAGGAAGCUAAGUUUAUCAUCGGAAAAGAUUAAAGAUAUUCCUGAUAGCAUUUAUAUGUUGAAACAUCUGGAAUCCCUCGAACUUUCUUGUCAGUUUCUUGAGAAAUUACCGGAGGAUCUUGGCCGAUUAGAAGGUUUAAAGAAGCUAACUUUGUCAUCGGAAAAGAUUAAAGAUCUUCCUGAUAGCAUUUGUAUGUUGAAACAUCUUGAAUCUCUUCAACUGUAUGAUUGUCGGUUGCUUGAGAAGUUACCUGAAGAUCUUGGCCGAUUAGAAUGUUUAAGGAAUCUGUGUUUGACAUCUGCAAAGAUUAAAUAUCUUCCUAAUAGCAUUUGUAUGUUAAAACAUCUUGAAUCUCUCGAACUUGAUGAUUGUUCAUUGCUUGAGAAGUUACCUGAGGAUCUUGACCGAUUAGAACAUCUAGAGAUCCUCAAUUUCAGCUUUUGCAAGCUUUUACAAGAUAUCCCGUGCUCUAGGGAUGAUUUGGUGAGCCUCUGUAGGCUCGGGAGAAAAGCCUAUUCACAAACAACUAUUAUAGCAGAAAACACACUACUUUGGGUUGGGGAGAAUGUCUUGGAGACGCACUCUGAGCAAACCAAUGGUGAGGUUGUUUUAUCCGUUGACAAGUUGCAGGGGUCAGCAAUCAGGAUGCUAAUUGUUCACCUAAGAGUAUCUUAAUUUUUUACAAUUUGGC